AUGGCAAUUCACAGAAACUUGGAUUCCAUCAAGAAUUUGUUGUCGGCCUUGGACAAACCAUUGAUGCAACCGAAAUGUGAUGAACAGUUCAAGCUCAAUGAAGCUACAAGGUCAUUCCACAAAAAAAUCUACUUACUGUUUAUUUGUAUGGCCUUCCAGAUAUGGGCUUUCUUCGUAGCCGUUCCAUUUUUUGUUGAUGAAAGAAUUAUGGUACUUCCAGGCUGGUUUCCUUUUGACUGGAAGGUUUCGCCUUAUUAUGAAAUGAUUUAUGUUUUUCACACUCUUGUUCUGUUAUGGAUCUGUUUCUUGGGCGCCAACGUGACUACCUUCAGUUUUGGUUUGAUGAUGCAAGUUGGACUCCAAUGUGAUUACCUGACCGUGGUUUUGGAAUCUUUAGACGACUUCCAUGUUCAUCAUGGGAUAUUGUUAUGUAAUAUUGAUGAAGAUGAUAAACGUAUGAUGAAACAGCAUCCCAGACAGUUCUCAAGAGUGAUCACAGAGAAUUUGAUAAUCUGCAUAAGACAUCAUCAAGAAAUACAGAGAUUGGCCAGAGAUGUAGAAGAUAUUCAUCGGGUGAGCAUAUUCAUCAUGUUCUUGGGAGCAUCAUUGACAAUUUGUUCAGACCUAUUCCAGUUGACCAAGGUUACAUUUGAAGGAGAUACUGCUAAAUUCCUUGUGCUGUCUUCAUUACUAAACUGUAUGCUCAUACAGCAGUAUAUGUAUUGUUGGUUUGGUAACGAAAUUAUCGAGAAGAGCAGGAAUAUAUUCACUUCUGCUUUCAACACUCCCUGGAUCGACUGCGAUUUAAAAUUCAAGAAGCUCCUGCUCAACUUCUCAUCCCAAGCGAUGAAGCCCAUAGAAAUCAAAGUUGGAGGACUAUUCACUAUGUCGAAUGCUGUUUUCAUUUCGGUUACAUUUGAAGGAGAUACUGCUAAAUUCCUUGUGCUGUCUUCAUUACUAAACUGUAUGCUCAUACAGCAGUAUAUGUAUUGUUGGUUUGGUAACGAAAUCAUCGAGAAGAGCAGGAAUAUAUUCACUUCUGCUUUCAAUACUCCCUGGAUCGACUGCGAUUUGAAAUUCAAGAAGCUCCUGCUCAACUUCUCAUCCCAAGCGAUGAAGCCCAUAGAAAUCAAAGUUGGAGGACUAUUCACUAUGUCGAAUGCUGUUUUCAUUUCGAAGUUAGAAACUUCAACAGAAAUGCCAAUAACCUAUGAAGGACCACUGAGGAAUUAUCUCAAAUGA